CAGAAUUUGACCGAUAGGAUUUGGGUUCCAUCCCUACCGUGGUGGUUGCAUUUUUCCGAAGGCGAAAUCAUAUAUGCCAGUUUACUGUGCGACGUCAGUGCACGUUAAAGGGACACAAAGGGGCCCCCAUCGCCUUCACAUCAGGAGUCAUGGCCUCCGUAUCGUGGCAAGUAGCGCUCGUAGCAGCAAUGCUUACGAUUUCCAUAGCCACAACACCAGCACGGAAGCGUUCCAAGCGGCAGGCGUACGAGCUUCCGGCUGGCUCCGAGCUGUUGCUGUACGCACCACUUGCCACAAACUUCCGGUGUCCAGGAGAAGGAUACUAUGCCGACAUCCAGAACAACUGCCAGGUGUACCAUGUCUGCCACCAGGUGACGCGUCCGGACGGCUCAGCCGACACUCAGCAAUACACCUUCAUGUGCGGCAACCAGACCGUGUUUGACCAGCUGUCGCUCACGUGCGCCUUCCCUGAGGACGCCGUGCCAUGUGCAAGCGCGCAAGACUUCUUCUACGUUAACAACUACAUCGGCGUCGAGAAUGCACCCUUCCUCACCGACGACGACGUGCGUCGAGCGGACGCCUACAAGCAGGGAUGAUGGAGUUCCUCACGAUGCUGAUAGUAUAACGCAUACUCGGCUGCAACGAACACUCGUCAUAUAUGUUCGCCACACUGCCUCGUGCAAGGCACUGCGCUUGUCUCGCAACGACCGACAGGUGUCUUUGGCCAGACGAUGGGUUACCGCUUUCGCAACUCGCUGAAAAAGCAACAAAGUUACGCAGUGGUAGCGUGCCAUACCAGGUUUCUUUUUUUAUGAGGUUUCUUGCUGGUUCCUGAAAGGCUUGCUCGGGAUUAUUUGCCAGGCCUCUAAUAUCAAGCAACAUAUUCAGCUUGCUCAUGGGCCGCUUAUCUUUCUUCCACUGGGCAUCGACUCUCGUGAAUUCGGCGAAGAAUCUGCGGUCUUGGCCGCCCAGGUGCCUAGCAUUGAGCGAAGUACAUUUCCUCCCUUCCCACUUUGACGAGCAGUGUUUCCGGAGCUCUCUCCGGCUUAGAGCUCUUCACGGCGUUCGAUAAAAAGCAUUCGCUUCGUUCACAUUUACGGAGUGUAAAAUUCUUUCCAAGCAUCGUCAUGUCUGUACAUCUUCUUGUGUGGCAAGCUUAUAGAAGAGGCUGUCUUCUAAAGACGUUCCCUCUCUUUUCCUCCAAUCAUCACAGUGCCAGACGUAGAAUACUAUCAUUCAGAAUCUUAUAUUCGCUUGCAUAUGAAAUUACCCUCUAGCAAAGGUAACUUCAAAGAUUGCUUGCGACAAUGUUACAGAUAACGUUGGUCACACCGAAAGGCGAAAAUUGAAGCAAGUGACAAUUGCAAGCUUCAGAUGUAACAAUGCUUUUUUCAGGGCACCAUAUUGUAGGUCUGGCUUAGGAGUGUCACUUCUGCCCUUGCUAAAGCUGUAGGCCUCCGGGUGUCCACCUGCAUAGCUAAUCAUCGCUGUUGUAGGAUUUCUACUAAACAUGUUUUAUACAUUCGCCUUUACAUUACGUUGUAUCUGCUGCAUUAGUCACCAAGCUUUCGGACGUUAAACACCAAAAUGUAUUAUUAAGUUUCCUCCUUAUUAUUAUUAUCUGCUUUCCUUUCACCAAUCAUCCAUUUCUAACUUUUACUCAAGUAUGGGAGAUGUGAAUAGCACGUCUUCGCUGAUCUAGAUAACUGUUCUAACUGAGACAGUGAUAAAGAAACAAGAAUGACUAAGAAUCUCAGUCUAAAAUGUUUCUCCACUUGAUAUCCUCUGUACACUUUCCAGUUAAUACAUGUCCCAGUGCACUUGCUCAAAGAUAAAAUCACCCUCUUGCUUACGUCCACGUACCGUUUAUUCUGCUCGUUUACUUCAUCUUGAUUCCUCAACAACUUAUCUGAUGGCUUGUGUUCGCUUCCAACAACAGGUACUUUGCGUCCUAACUUCUAUAUGUGUUCUCUUCCAUUCAAAGUAAAAACAUGAAAUGAUACCGUGCUCGAAAGCAUUAAGAAAAAAUUCAGCCUACAUCUGUUGUAAUUGCCUUCGAUGAUGAGUACACGACUGAUAUCGGGUGAAAUUUUCAAACUUUAUUUCGAUCACUCAGGCUGCUGAAGGUCACGGUCAAAAAACCUCCGGGACCACGACCCUAUGCGAAAGGUGCGUGAAGUCAAAGUCCACUUAUUUUUUCCUGCAGUUUUCAAUAGAUUAAAGGAUCGCCGUUAACAAGAUAUUGAUAAGCUGCUUGUAAUCCAAAUAACAUUUCAUAUGCUCAAUUAAGUUUGCUAUUUUCUCCCCUAAAAGUCAUAAAAUACUUUCAAUUUGACUGAAUGUUAACGCUCGCGUAUUCUGUGCCAAAUAUUAUUCUUCAAUUCUUAGCAGCUUCUGCAGACUUAAACGAGACCAAUUUCUCGCAGCUGCCUACUGUCUCCUGGCAUUCCAUCGUGUUUCACGUAGGGUUCAAGCAGGCAUCUCUUCUUCCUUUUUUAUAACAAUCCUAUAUGUCAUUUUUUUAUUUUCCGCUAGGUUACUGUUUGUAACGUGUUUAUAACAAACUUCACAAAUUGUUUCAUUGUAAAAAACUACAACGGCCUGUUUUUGUCUCUUCCCCCAAUAUUCUGAAUUUGUUUGUCACUUUAGUUAUAGCUUCCUCAAGGCGACGUUUCUCGCUAUAUAUGUCAACUCCGUGCUGCUCUUGUGAUGUUUCAAUUUGUGGCAGCAAAUAGGACCUCCGAUGCCUUCGUCUGUUUUUAUUGGGCGCUCCUCUUCUGAGCUCACAUGUGUGUAACAAAAGCGAUAACCUGUUAGCGCAGUUAGUAUAUGCCCCCUUUCUCCGUCACAUGACAUACCUUAGCACAAUAUAUCAGUCCAAUGUUUUCUUGUUGAUAUCGAGAAUUCUCCGAAUUCAUCAGCUGCUGGUCAGCGAAGAUAAUUCGAACGUUCUGCAUUCAAUCUUGCUGUGUUUCGCAAUGGUGCCUCACAUUCAAGUUCGCCUGCAAUUAGGCUGCGUCAUAAUCAUGAGUUGCGCAAACUGUAGGAUGUUCAUCGUACAAUAGUUUACAGUGCAUCGAGUUUGAUACGGGCUCAAAAGGAUUACAGCGCUGAACUCGCAACUGAAAUUUACUUCAAAAGGGAAAGAACUUAAAAGGAAAACAAUCAUUCCUCAAAAUUAGCCAAAGCUUUUCGUGUUAGAUCCAAUAACAAGGGCAUAAGUCCUCCAUCUAUCGCUCUUCUAGAUGAAGAAUAAACUACCUCUUAGACAAGACAUGAAUCAUGCAGUGUUCUGCGCGCACUUUGUUUCCUAUAUAUGUUCUUUCAUUUUCCAAAUUUAUUUCAGUUGUGAUUUGAGUCUUGUGUCCCUUCUCUAUAAAUUCGUAUAUAACCCGUUGCGCUGCAAAAGAUUCUACGACUAUUAAGCUGUGUUCAUGAAUGCACGACGUGCAAUACGAUGGUUUUUCAGCAUGAAAUGUUCGAUUUUCAAGUCUGUUGUAUGGGCCAAAAUACAAGCAACGCAUUAAUAGGAUUUGUUAACGAGAGCAAAUGUCUUACAGUGAGUCUUGGCAUCGUAAUAAUUUGAUUGCUUUGUAAUCGAAAAGCUCGAAUUAAGCCAUACAGAAUAAGUUGUACUAUCUUGAAUGUCUGCCUUUUGCAAAAUGAGUGGCAAAUUUAAAUGUAGUGGCAAGUACGCCUUGUGCAACAGCGUUGUGGCCACACUCGCAUGUUUCCAGAAACAAAAGGGCACAGACUCUGAAAAAAGAUGAAUAAAAGCGAAGACAAAUAACAAAAAAUGACAGUUUCUUUACCUGGAGCACAACGCCAUAAAGGACAAUUGUCCACAAUGCUUUUGCGUCUGAAUAUACCGUUGAAAAAAAGAAAGCAUGUGUGUUUUCGUCCUGUGUGUUCUGCAGGAUCCGCCAUCUGAAGAACGAAAUUUUAUGCGGCCACAUCUUUUAGCUUGGCUGACUGUUGUUGCUGCCCUUUCUAGUGCCGUAGAUUAUCUUCUGAUAAUGCCAAAGGUCUUACUAUCUCACCACUGUGCACAUACGUGGCUUAAAGUAUCGUGUUUAUUUUUUGUUUGCUCUUGCCUGAAACGUCCUUCCUCCCCUCCUACCUUUCUUCCUUUUGAAUAUUUUCAUAACUUACGACUGACUUCUCUUCUCGAUUUAAAAAUACUGGACUACAACUCUCAGGCGCCUGGUGGCAAUGUCAUGAAAAAGUGAAAUAUGGCAUUAUAUACUCGAGAAUUAACCCGAAAGCUUCGGGAGAAAAAGCGACGUUUAUGUCAAGGUGGGUAAGGAAGCGUAACCAGAAUAGACGUGGCAAUGUCCGCAAAAUGGCGUUCUGCUAUUCUAUUCAAUCGGCAUAAUAGAACAAAUUGGCCUCAUGUACACAAACACUAUUCCUAGUAUUUAUGCAAAAUUUUUACCACUCUAUAGUCAAAACGUUUGCCACCUAAAACCUCAUAUUGUCAACUGAUAUAAACAAAAUUAUCUAAAAAGCAUGCGACAGCUGGCAGUUGCGCGCCCACUUGAUUUAAAUCGUUAGUUGCAUUUUAGCACUUAGCAAUAUACUCACACUGGACAACCAUAGUUGCUCUGUCAACGAGUGGUUGUCAUUCCCAGUGUCAUACAUAUAGGGUAGUGAUAAUGAAGCUUCUAUAAUGGCUGCUUGCACACGAUAGGCUUGUCUGUGAGCGUCUUUGUUAAACUGACAAUAGUAAUCUCUACCCAUCACUACCAAUUCCUCUACCUAUCCACCCUUUCCCCGUGUUCUUAUUGAUGUCUUGAGCCUAUGUGAUUGUUCAGCUGUUUUUCCUUUGGGCUCUGCAUUAAUAUAUCUUGCACGAUUUAUAUGCGUUACAUAUGUUGCUGAACUCUUCAUAGUCAACUAGAAGAGAAUAAACUUUCUCUAGCUUAGUCUUUUGCUUGACUCUUCUUUCAAUGUACCCCAUCCCUUUCUCCUGUGCAGGGUAACAUAACGUUUAUGCUAUACUGGUUGACAUCGCUGCAUUUCCUCUGUAUCGUCUUCCUUCCUUCUUUGCCGGCAUGGAGACUUUUUUUGAGUAUAGUCUUUUCUAAUUAGAAAUUCUCAUGUAUUUCGCUGUAUUUUCCAAGAACGUGUAUUUAAGAAGUGCUGCGAUUCUCUAUAAAACACAUCUAAGCAAAGGAGCAGUAACAUUCCUCUGCAACUUGGUUUCGACUGAUGAUUGUAACAUGUAUCCAAAGUUAAGAAACUAGAAAACCGAAUAGUAAAGGCUUCAAUGUAGCAUGGUAAUGCCUUGGCAAAGGAGCACAUGUCACAUGCUGCUGAUUGAUUUAAUGUUCGUUUCAGCUUUUCGAAGGAUAACCCGACAUUUAUGUGUAAUUUCAAGAAUACGUCCUUGAUAUUAUUAUCUAUCAGCUAAUUACGGCUCUAAAACUGCACCUUCUUAGUGUUGCUCUCAAAGGAGCAAAACAUUUUCGCAGACCAGCUAUUCCAUAUUGAAUGAGCAGCAUGCUACGAAACGCAAAAAAGCAAGAAUUAGACAGGACAUUGCAUACACUACCAGCUGCACUACAUUUCUUUUGAGUUGGCUUCUAUGAUUAUUUCGUUCUUUAUGCUAUUUUUGUUUCGUUGUACGCAAUAACUAGUUAGAAGUCUAUACGUUGUGAUGCACAACCUUUUCCUGUUGUCCAAAUUUGUUUAAUCAUUCAUUGAAUCGUAAUUGACAAAAGUAUCUUCAGUUUAAAUGGUGUUUUCUGUUUUAAGCCACAUUUGUCGUUUUCGUUAUGUAGACACUCUUUUUAAAAAAGCAUAGCACAGCACAAACUGAAAGCAUUCAGUCUAGGCACAUCGACACAUUAUGAUUUAACUUAUAGCAAGCGUACUAUUCUUGUGCUUUUUUUGCUUCCUACGAGUGCUACAAGUAAGGGACCAUAGUUGUUUUUGUUGAUUAAUGCAACGUGGUUAGCAGUAUGGGUCACUUCAGUAUCUUGAGCUGAAUGCAUGUGGUAUCACAAUGACAGGUACACUGAAUGGGUAAGGGGGGGGGGGGGGGUCUGAAGUUCUAAGGUGACACUGCCAAAGGAAUACAUGGGAUAGUGGCCUGGGACUUUCUAACUAGCCCUUCACGUACUGUGGUUCCGAAAAGUCGAUUUUAUCAUUUGCUUUGUGCGAGACUUAGUAAAAAAGGCUGCUCACUUUCCCGAGCCUUUCAAUGCUUAUUAGCACCAAUCAUGACAUUGUAUUAACACAGCAUGCUCCAAAUUUCCAAGCAAUAAAUCUUCAGAAGGUGUGAGUCCGAAUUCGAAUGCAAUACUUGGAACAGAUGUUCCCGUUGCACCGAAAAAUAUGUUACGUUUCUUAUUUAUCAAUACGUUAAUAAUUUGUUGUCAUAUUCUAUAACUAGAUACCUUAUGAUAAAGCUGAGAGGAGUCUCUUGUUCGUUUCCUAGCUUUCAGAUGCAUGUGCAGCUCUAAUGUUCUCUGCUUCGCUCUUCAACACUGAAUUAAUUUGAAAUGUGAUUACAUAAAAAGAAAUAGUCACAGUUUACCUUGGCGUGAACAAAGUUGUUUGCUUAGUUUAUUGACAUUAUACUAACUUUUCAAUGAACACCAUGAUAAAACAAUGCAACACAUUUGUUUUAUUCAGUUCAGUGAUUAUAGAGUACAAGCUUUUCGAGCCCCACAUGCAUCUCUUUAAGGAAAUUUGACUUCAGUUUGAGCAAAAGGUUCCUCUUGGGAGGUUAAUAAAUUGUUUUUUUAAUAAUUUUUUUCUUUUAUCCUCAUGCUGAGCGAUCAUCUUUGUUGUUUAUGUUAGCUAACUAUUGUUUUCUGUAUAACAUCUUUUUUGUGGAGAUCGCCGACGAGCGUGAAACUACCACACUCCUUGUUUAAACCGAAACCUCGUUGCAUUGAUAAAAUGGUAUUUCGCUCUUGUGUUUAGAAAAUUCGGAAAAAAUUAUCAUUGAGUGCCUUUGCUAUAGCUCUGUGAGGUGCCAUUUUGCUGAAGUCAUUCUACGAAACAAAAUUUUAUCCUGUAAUUGGCUGAGAUAACAUACAAAUAAAACUUGCAUCGAAAGUA